AUGGCGCAAGAACGGCCUGCGGGCACCAUCUCCAUAACUGAGGAUCCCAACAUCAAGAACAGCAGACCCUAUGUCCCAGCCAAGCGAUCCAAUGGCGACUACCCACUCAUCGACUCAGACCCUCACUUCUCCCGCGUAGUCCGCUAUGCUCGCGGCUCCGACUACCUCGCGGGCGCCGCCUUCGCCGCCUCAGGCUCCGCCCUCAUGGUCUGGUGGGAACGCAUCUCCCCCUCAGAAGUCGGCCGCGGCGGCUUCGCCCAAAUCAUGCGUCUCUCCGGCGCCAUAUCCGUCACGGCUGGCUUCCUCCUCUUCUACUCCCGCAGCAUCAACCGCUUCUACGGCUUCAGCGAGAACCGCCGAGAGAUCGACUUGGACAUGCGCGAAAUGACCGAUCGCGUGAAGAGGGGAGAGCCGCUGUAUGGAAAGACCGUCUUGACGGAGUAUAUGCAGGGUGCGGCGAGUAGGCAGAGUCGGUACAGUGGAGUGUUCAUACAUGUUAUGCCGUGGUUUAAUUUCGUGAACCAUGAGCAGCAUGGAGUGGAUACGAGCAAGUAUUACCGAAAUGCCGAGAGGGAGCUGGAGGCGGAGAGGACUGGGAAGAGCUUGACGGAGCAGGCCAAGGAGGCCGUGGGCUGGAACAACUAG